ACUAGGCCUAGUACGUUGUCAUUAAUCCAGUCCGAAUGCACUUAUUAAAUCUAAACACUGGUCAUAAUACUGUGAUUUUGGCUUAUUAGUUUUAAUAUAAUGUUGCUUCGAUCCAGAUUUGAUGUUUGUUUCACUAAGUGUUGUUUUAAACCAUGAAUUUUGGCCGAAAAAGUGCAAGGCAUGUGCUAGUUUUUACUGCGGCUGUUCAUCUAGUGUUGUGCUGGAGGCAUGCCUGCUCAGCGACUGUUGAUGAAGGGUAUACUAAAUUGGGUAACUCUGUGUCACUGAUCCAAGGCACAACCAGUCUGAAUGGCUACUUAAUGAUAAGGACGAAUGACUUUGGUUGGCUUCCGAUUUGCAAGAGCAACUGGGCAUCGCACUACUCCAAAAAUGCAAAAGUGGCCUGCCGCCAACUUCAGCUAGGCCUGCCAAAGGGAUCCUUGUUCUGGAAUAGUAGCCUAGAAGCGUCUGUAGCACCUGAGUUUGUGUGCUCUGGACAUGAAGUUUGCCUUCAAAACUGUCAAUAUGAUGAGGCUACCAUCGGGAAUUGCUCAAAGGAUGGACAGCUAUGGCUUGAGUGCUCAGGAUUUGAGGAAAUCAAAUUACGAUUGGCCAUGAGGGAGAAAGUCGAGCAAGGUCGUGUAGAAAUAUAUCAUAAUGGACGCUGGGGGACCAUUUGUGACCGGGACUGGACGAUAUCAGAUGCGAACAUUGUCUGCAAGACUUUCCUAGGCACACAUGCUAUAGAUGUGUACAAAAGCACACAGGACGAUCAUGAGGACGGCCAUCCCAUCUUUAUCUCGGACAUCACAUGUACUGGAAAGGAAGACACGAUAUUGGAUUGUUCCUUCAAUGGCCUAGAAGACGUGCAUGAUUGCUCACAUAUAGAUGAGGUGUGGGUAGACUGCGAAACCAAUGUUGUCAUUGCUGGAGGACAAAACAUGUCGGCGAGUUGGAUUACUGCCCUCAGCAUGGUUGUCCUCACGCUCUUGCUAGUUAUAGAGUACCUUGGCUUGCGUCGGUACCAACGUUGGAAGGCCGACCGCCGUGCCAGACGUCAGAACAUGCAUGUCAGAUUUCAACGGCUCUUGCCAGGAAGACCCCAUGACACUCAAGAUGAUCAAAUAAGUAUUAGAGGUGCUGGUGUUGAGUCCCCAGCACAUAGGACUAGAUUUUUAUUAAAUGACGGCCAACCUGUUGCACCGAACAACAGUAUAUUAAUAAAUACAAACCCCUCUCAAGUAAUGGAAGAACCCCCACCACCUUAUUCCAGUACGCCUAUAUUACAGAAUGGAAUGAACGUUUUAAAUGAAAACUCUGGUACGACAUCGGUAGAGCUUCAACAGCAAGAAUCAGGAUUCUCCUCUGUAACGUAACGAAAGGAGCUGAUACAAAAAAAAAAGGGUUGUCUUAAGCCGGGCAGUCACUGCAUUGUAUGACGUUCGUACAACGGAUCCACUCCGUUCCCUGCGAGUGCUAGACGACGUGAUGCCAUCUGCUGACUGUCAGUAGAAGUCUGAACGGAUCAUAAUUAAAACGAUUUGUUGCGCGCGCGUUGUGGCAUUGCGUUCUUCGUAGAAUCGUGUCAGCUGGCGACUGUCGGCUGUAGUGAUUGCUGGGCUUUAUUCGGUAUAUAAUAUUUAUUAUGAUUCGUAGGAAAUAUAUUUUUCUAUAUAAAUAAAAUACAUUUGAAGCAGCCAACAUUACAGGGUAUGAAAAAUAUAUGUGGUUAUUAUAAAUAACAGUUGACAUUGUGUGUGUGUUUUUGAGCUUAUUGUAUAGUUAGUGAACUAUGUAUACCUAGUUUGAAUAAGGGAUUGUUCACAUACAGUGUUCUUCUGAAAUCUAUUCCAUCUGGUUUGCAGAAAAUUACCUGAGGUCAAUCCUAAAAUAUUCUUUUUUAUAUUUUAUAAGAAGAUAAGAAACAGUUUGUGUUUUUUUUUGUUUUUGUUUUUUUUGUUUUUGGACAUACAUUGUACAUCAUGUACUGUACUACAUAUUUUAUAUAUUUGAAUAAUAUAAAGCAUAACAGGAGAAGAAUCUUACCAAGAUUUAAAAAAGAACUCAACCACCAUCGGGACUUAAACUUGGCAUCUUGCUGAUAUACUGAUUUCCAUCUAAUUAAUGACCCCUCCAAUCAAAACCCAGCAAACACCAAGCCACAUCUAUAAAAGCACAACAACAUUCACAAACACUCACAUUUUGCAGUUGAUACGAUGCAGCUGAGAUGAAACUGAUAUUGGUGGAUAUGAGAUAAAUGUUUUUUUUUUUUUUUGUAUUAAAAUAAGUAUAAACUGUACUACAAAGCAGCAAUAUAGAAGGCAAUAUAAUAACAAUUAUAGUACCGUAUUAAUUUGAAUAAACUCCCCAGGGCGUUUACUGUUGAAGGGUUAUUAAAUGGGGGGUGUUUAUUCAAGGGCGGCGUUUAUUUUUGUUGGUGUCCCUUAAUUUUACUGUAAAUGUUGAACUACAACAUUAUAAUUACCGCCAAAAUGUGUUAUUGCGUGAUCGUAAAGAAGAUAUAACCAGGAUAGAUAAAUGUAAUUCUGCUGGAGUGGAACAUUAAUAGAAAGUGUUAGGAAUGAUGUUGCAUCCGUUAGUUUUGUUUAGUCAUUUGGUGGGGUGGGGGCGUUUACUUGAGGAAAAAAUAAAUGAUGGAGGUGUUUAUUCCAAAUGAGGAUUUGGAGGGGGAUAUUUAUUAAAAAGGGGGGGCCCCCGUUUAUUUGAAUAAAUACGGUAUUAAUAUUGUUGCAGUAUUUUGUACCAUUUCAAAUGAAUGUAAGCAUUCCCAAAUUAUGAUCAUAUAUAUUGGUAAACAGUGUAUUUUGUACCAUGCACAUGGGUGUGUAUGUGAAACAUUGGGCGGGGGAAGCCCUUCUCAUUUAUAAAUUGUUUGAGCUUCCAGAGGGCUUGGCCCUGGACCACUCUCCAAAGGGUUUUGGGUGACCCCCUAGCCCUACUCAGUGCGUAACUGGUACAUUGGUGUUAUCAAUUACUUCGAAGUAUAGAGUCUAUAUAUUGUAAUAUAUUUGGCAUUACCAGGAAUUGAGACAUGGGAUUUUCUAUUACAGUAAUUGGUAUUAUCUGUUAUUUAAAAAAAACUGAAUUUACUAAGUAAAUGUUUUGUGUCAUGAAGCAACUAAACUACUGUUCUGAAAAAAAUACAUUUAUGAUGAAAUUAUAUGUAACAAAAUUUUUUUUAAGUAUUUAAUUUUAAAAUUGUAUUAUAUUAUUUGUAAUACACUUAAUUUUAACUAUUAAAUUAUGAUUUACUAUGACUUGAUAAUAGUGUGCUUUUGUGAUCUUAGUACAAGAUAUUGCUAUAACUGGUACCAAGCAUACUAUUACCGUAGUUUGUCUGGUGUAAGCUCACCUCCUUGAAACACAAAAUUGGGCCACUUUUGGGUGAUACGAGGAAUCCGCUUUUUAUUCAAAUCACAAGUUUUCAUAAUUCAAAGGGAAUAUUUGUAAAUACCCUGAGCUUUUGCCCGAGGGAAGGCUGGUACGUAAAUUAGGGCAUAAAGUGGGGGCGGGCUUAUACCUGAGUAACUACAGUAUUUGUUAUGGAUAUUAUUAAUCAUGAUUACUAUUAUGACUGCAGUGAUUAUCAUAAUUAUUAGGCAUAAGAAUUUUAAUACUUGUUACUUUUAUUGUUUACAAUUUAGGCUUGCAAUUUUCUUUAAAAACCCACAGAAAAUUGUUUUGUUUAAUUUUGCUGAAGAAAAAAGUGAGCUGUAUCGCACAAGAAAUAUUGACAGGGUAAUUAAUAGUAUUAAUAAUUUAUUUCACAUUGGUCAUAUGUUUGAACAUUUAUAAAUAAGAAUUUACAAGAACUAGUUGCGUGAUUUUAUUUCCUUCGUCUAAAUGCCAAGUAACUCGCAAAUAAAGAAUGGAAUGAUACUUUAUAACCUAAAACCCGAUUUACACGGUAAAUUUUACACUCAUCCCGUUAAUUUGCGUCCGUGUGAAUUAUCUGUGUUAAAUUAGCAUGUCACGUGUAACAUCCAUCUUAAAAAACGGACAUCAGAGGCCUGUAACGCUCCCGUAAUAUUUACCAUGAUCAGUGAUGUAUCUAGGGGUUCGCACCUAAAAAAAUGAUCACACCUCCCCCUCGCCAUUGAAAAUGUUAGACACGGCUAAAAUUUGCCUUAUAUUGCGACCCCAUCAGCUCCUCCCCCAUUUCAAGCUCCCUAGACACACCACUAAUCAUGGGAAGCAGCAAUUUGGCGUUGCACAUCUUCAUUGCCUAUGCAUAUCUAUUGUUGAUUGUCGACAAGGUUUUAAUUCACUCGUUUGGAAAGAAAAUUUGCUUAACAUUGUGUCUAUGAGGCUUGGAGUCGAGGUUGUACAUGAUUAUUUGGACUAUAUAUUUAGCAUAUAAUAUUAAAACAAGGCCGAUCUUCUUGGACCAUCAUUUAUCCAUGACAAAUCUCUUUGAGAGUUAUAUUCUUUAUUCUUUAAAUAAAAGACAAACAUCUUAUCACCGACCAAAAAGAUAUAGUGAAACAAUGUUACCUUGUUUAGCGAACCCCGCCCGCCAAUAAUAUUAAAUGAUUUUGAAUAAAAAUAAAAUUAUAUAUUUGGCCAAAUAGUGCACUGCCGCCACAAAGAAUUAGAAAUUUCAUUAAAAAAAAGAGGUUUUUAAAAUUUUUAUUACGUUCAUCGCUACCUUGAAAUCUCCAAAAAUAAGAUGUAUAUUUCUUCCUAAUUAUAUAAAUUUAAAGUAUUUAACCAUCACUGUUUAUAAUCACCAUUAAAAUUAUAUUUUUAUUUUCCCUUCCGUCCGGUUGGCAAAACAUUUUGCUAGAAAAGAACACAAUUUUUUUUCCCGCCCACCUCCGAUGAUCUUUAAAAAACAUAAGUUCGCGAAACAGGGUAUAUAAAAAGUCUCAUCUAACCACAAAAGAAUAUAGAACUAAAAAACAUUUGAUGGAGAUGCUUUUAUUGAAUAGGCAAUGAAGCAAAACUAAAAAAAAAAGUUAAAGUUACAUAAACAAAAACAUCAACACACAUACAGUUAUAUUUGUAAUUAUUCAAUAUUUCAUUGAAACUAAACUAUUUUCAGUCUCGUUAAUAUAAAUUCCCUUUUAAUAAUCAAGAAAGAAAAGAAGACAUCUUGGCAAAAUUCUUAACAAAAUCAACUGUGAUUUAUUUGCUUUUGUGCAGAAUUUAUACCUCAAUUAAAAUAAUUAAAACCUAUAAUUAAAAAUCAAUGGCAUUUUAAUAGUAUUGCAAUUUAUAAAAUCCUAUGCCUAUUGCAACAUUCGUGGAAUAUAAAUCUUGUAUAUUUUGAAAAAUGUUACCAGAUGUUAAGUUGUACUUUUUUUAUGUAAUGUACCUAUCUGACUAAUUUUGAAUGUACAUGUCCUGUUUUUAUAUAUGAAUGUAUUGAAUUGUUUUGACAACUAUUGUAAUAUCCAAUCUAUUAUAGUAUGAUUGUAAUAAAGAUGAAAUUAAAUUUGAAUUUGAAAAAAAAGCAGCAGUUCUCAAACUAAGGGUUGCAACUCCAAAUUGGUUCACCAAAUAAAUGAGUGUGUUAUGAGUUUCUUUUAAGAUUGAAAUUGAAUUUUACAUCAUUCAUCAUUGUAGCAAAGAUCGUGCAUUCUAAGUAUUAUUUAAACAUUUUACUUCAAUUUUGCUUACAUGUACCUAACGUUGCGGGAGGUUGUUCAAGGCAAUUUGCCUACACGUCUGUUUGGGGUCAUAAGCCAAGGAGUCUGAGAAUCCUCAGUAUAUAGCGACAAUACUGUGGUAUUUAAGCAGUGGUCUUGGCCGCAAAAUUUGGGGAA